AUGUCAGGAACAGAGUCCAUCUUGUCAGACAGGGCCGCUUUCAUGCUGGCUGUAGCCGAAUGCCAAGCGAUGGCGACCGAGAAGCAGCAGCUAUACGACGAUCGAUCAUGUACAGCGGAGCAACGAAGAGCCAUGGUGCUCGAAGUGGGUGAGAAGUGGAUGGAGGCGAGGCUGGUACAUACCGCUAUCAGACGACAAGAUUUGGCGGCUCGCGAGAAGAUCCUAAAAGACACCGAGGAGAGGCUAGACAUACUGGAUGCUAUCUACGAGCGCUCAAUUCUGAAACACCUUCGCGUGCCGGUCGUUCGCAAAAAAGAAGUCAUUUCGAUCAAGCUACAAAUGCUGUAUUGGUCAAUGUCAACCGUGUUCGUCCUGUCCUCUCAACGUCUGGUCCUCGAAGCUUUCGCAAGACCUUCGGUCUCUCUUCCCAUUACCCUGAUACUCCUAGUCUUGUGUUUUGCGCAAGUCGACAAGGUCAAGACUGCCACUUAUUUCGCUUGGUAUGCAUUCUAUGGUUUCGUCUUCGCUGUCUGCCAGGGAUAUAUCCGGCUUCUUUUACUAGUAGAGUCAAUCGAAACUCUCGCGAAGUGGGAUGUUGUGAUAUUUCGCUGGAGCCUUGCAUUCUUCGUCAUCUCAGAAGCCGAGUGGCAUCGGUAUCUCCACAAGACCAUGGCACAUCCUGUCCAUCGAGACAUCAGGCCUGCCGGGAACCCCAAGGCGUCCAGCCUUUGCCAAAGCCUGGCCAUGGGUGCGACCCAAACCAUGCUCGCUGCAUGUAUCACUUUUGGCUUGGUAAUCUGUGUCGGCGGUGGAGAAGCUCCUUCUAUGACACCACUCAUAGUCUCGGGGCAGUUCCGUCCCCUAUACAGUCCUGCCCAGUGGAUUAGGCGACUUCCACAAUCACUCAUUUUCAUUCGACCAUUGAGUCAACUCACUGCAUGGUUGGUUGAAAAGGCCGUGGAACUGGGCUCGCAAUUCUAUCACAUUUUCACCGGCGACAUCCCCGUCGGUCCGCAGCAAGCGAACACGGAAUUUGGUACACAGACCGUGGAAUAG